GGGCUCGGGUCACCGCGGGGGGCCAUGGACGCGUCGCGGGACAUCGGCAGCUUUGUGGUGUGGGACUACGUGGUGUUCGCAGGCAUGCUGCUCAUCUCGGCCGCCAUCGGCAUCUACUAUGCCUUCGCGGGGGGCGGCCAGCAGACCUCCAAGGACUUCCUGAUGGGUGGCCGCAGUAUGACCGCGGUGCCGGUGGCUCUGUCCCUCACCGCCAGCUUCAUGUCCGCUGUCACUGUCCUGGGCACCCCCGCCGAGGUCUAUCGUUUUGGGGCAAUAUUCAGCAUCUUUGGGAUCACCUACUUUUUUGUGGUGGUUAUCAGCGCGGAGGUCUUCCUUCCCGUGUUCUACAGGCUGGGGAUCACCAGCACCUACGAGUAUUUGGAACUUCGAUUUAAUCGAUUCAUCCGUCUCUGUGGGACAGUCCUCUUCAUCGUUCAAACAAUUCUGUAUACUGGAAUUGUUAUUUAUGCCCCUGCUCUGGCUUUGAAUCAAGUUACAGGAUUUGAUCUGUGGGGCGCAGUGGUGGCAACUGGGGUGGUCUGCACUUUCUACUGCACAAUGGGUGGUCUUAAAGCAGUUGUCUGGACAGAUGUUUUUCAAGUUGGGAUCAUGGUGGCUGGAUUUGCAUCCGUGAUUAUACAGGCAGCAAUAACUCAAGGUGGGAUCAAUACAGUUUUAAGUGAUGCCUCCAAUGGUGGAAGAUUAAACUUCUGGAAUUUUAAUCCUAGCCCUUUGCAAAGACACACAUUCUGGACAAUUAUCAUCGGAGGGACUUUCACCUGGACCACCAUCUACGGUAUCAACCAGUCCCAAGUACAGAGAUACAUUUCCUGUAAAAACAGACUCCAUGCAAAACUGUCUCUCUACAUCAACCUUGUGGGCCUCUGGGUGAUCCUCACUUGCUCUGUGUUCUGUGGGCUUGCCCUGUACUCCAGAUACCAUGACUGUGAUCCCUGGACAUCUAAGAAAGUGUCAGAAGUUGACCAGCUUAUGCCUUACUUGGUCCUGGACAUUUUGCGAAAUUACCCUGGAGUUCCUGGACUUUUUGUGGCCUGUGCUUACAGUGGGACAUUAAGCACAGUGUCCUCCAGCAUCAAUGCCUUAGCUGCGGUGACCGUGGAAGAUCUCAUCAAACCUCACUUCAAGUCACUGUCAGAGAAGUCUCUGUCUUGGAUUUCCCAAGGAAUGAGUGUGCUGUAUGGAGCACUGUGUAUCGGAAUGGCUGCUCUGGCGUCACUGAUGGGAGCCUUGUUACAGGCAGCACUCAGCAUAUUUGGCAUGGUUGGUGGACCACUUCUGGGCCUGUUUUCUUUGGGCAUCUUAGUCCCCUUUGCCAAUUCAAUUGGAGCACUCGCUGGUCUGUUGGCUGGAUUUGCCAUUUCUUUAUGGGUAGGAAUUGGAGCUCAGCUUUAUCCUCCACUUCCUGAGAGAACCUUACCAUUAUCCCUUGAAACCCACGGCUGUAACAUCACACACAAUGGGUCAGCCUGGGUAUCAACCACAGAAAUGCCGUUUUCUACUAGCGCUUUCCAAAUCCACAACGUGGAGAGGACUCCGCUGAUGGACAACUGGUAUUCAGUAUCAUAUCUGUACUUCAGUACUAUUGGAACAUUGGUAACAUUGUUAGUGGGGAUACUUGUCAGUUUAUCAACAGGAGGAAGAAAACAGAAUUUAGACCCCCGAUUCUUACUAACCAAACAGGACUUUUUAUCCAAUUUUGAUGCUCUUAAGAAAAAGAAUCAUGUUUUAAGCUAUAAAUUGCAUCCUCUGGAAGAUGGUGGAACUGAUAACCCCUUCAACCACAUUGAACCAAACUCCACAGAUCACAGUGGCAAGAUCAAUGGGACGCGCUUGUGAAGUAGUCCAGAGCUAGAGACUAUGUCAUGCCUGUCUUUUUUUUUUUUAAAUAUGUUUUAGGAUAAUUGGAUCAGAUCAUUUUUUCUAACCCUAUCAUAGGUGUUUUGGAAGAUUUAUUUUUGUUAAAGCUAAGUCUCAACUUGGUUUUCUUUCUACACUAAUUUAUUGAUGCUACACUAGAGUUAAGAGUUUCAACAUCAGCAUAUUUCAGUAGAGCUACAGUUGUGAAUGUUAUGACCACAUACAUGUCUGAAAGGCAGAUAUAGACAUACACAUAUGAUACUUGAUCAAAGGCAUAUUCUUACACUUGGACAUUAUUGAAAAUAUUUUCCAUGCCUUUGGUACUAGUAUAUAAAUUCUGGGAUAUUUAACUAGAAUCAUAAAUCCUGGAAAGAGAUUUCUUGCCUCCCCUACCUGGUCUGUUUCUAGGCAGCAGUGAAAUGAGGAGGAAUAGAGCAUAUCUGUGAUCUUUACUUCCGGAUCAGCCCAUGGUGUAACUUUACUGCUGAUUCUGCCUCUGGAAUGGAGUAAACAAAAGGAUCCCGCCUAGGACACAAUAGGGAUGCAAGGAUCAAGAUCUUCUACAAUACAUUCUUGUGCCUGUUUUAAUUCCCCUCCCCCCCCCCCCCGAG